ACCUUUCAUCUUUACUAUAACCUAACGACAUUUUAAAAUAUUUCUUUUUCUUCUUCCAAAGCUUGCAUGCCCACCUGAGAUUUUCCUUUGCAUGUAUGCAACAUAGUUUGCAACCAUCCGCCAACCCAAGCCGUCGAUUGAGCUGCAUACCUGCAGCCAGGUAAGCGAUCGGCGGGGAGAAGAAAGAUUCGCUGAUUGGACCGACAACGAGUGUGUCGCGUACGUCGGUUGAAAGUAGGGCAUUUCAGGUAAGCUUCGCUGCUUCUCAAGUGACUGACGAACGCGUCAACCCACGCAACCGCCCUGUCAUUCGAGACCGGCAGUGUCACUCGCUGGAGGGUUUGUCACAUCCGUCGGGUCCUCGUCCUACAGCGGGCUUCCUUGAUUCCUUUCGAGCGCUGGAAAGUGGGAAAAUGUUUCUCUUCAUCAUCACGCUAUCGCUUGCAGGCACUCAGCUAAUCUUGAGUGAAGACCCAACCUGUACAGACGAGCACAUACCAAGCUGCAUGAAAAGUUACUUAAGUAACUUUACCGAUCACCCAGCUGAACUAAAUGAUUACAAACAAUUGACAGACCUUACCAUUCUCUGGAAUAAUCUGCAUACAAUCUGCAGUCACUCCGAUGCCGUUCAACAAUACUAUCACUGUGUCUUCACUGAGCUGUCUGCCUGCUUUCGAAAGGAUAAUGAUUCUCGACAAGAUGAACUACCUGAUGCUUCUCGGAUUUCUCAAGCGUUCAAAGAUUUGUGUGAUUCACACACAGAUAUCAACCAGACUUGUUUUGACAACACCAUUACUGGUGCUCAAUCCUGUUACGUGACUACACGUAAGGAUACACAAGAAUCUGUUGACUGCAAAUCAUUUGAAUUACUACUGAAGUGCUUUGAGGAACAACGCGACUGUGAAGGAUACCAAGUCAUUGAGGGGUUUUUCAUGAGUACAGACCCUGCUGUGUGUGCAGGAAAUGUACAGCAGCUAACAUUGUCUCUGCUUUUGCUUGCUUUUGUUGCUUUUUUCUUGAAAAAUGAUUAGAUGUCAGUUUUACUUUUUUUUAUAUAAGCUCAUCAUUAAACAUUUUAUCCUUUUUACUUGCACAGAUUACUCAAGAGGCAAAAUAACUGUGCUUCUCUUUACUUUUUUGCAAAGAGAGCAUACUAUGCUAGUUUCAUGAAUGUUUGAAAGUCAGAAAAUGUCAAAUGACUUUAAAAUAUUUUUUGUAUUGACAUCAUAAAAAUGAAUCAUAAAUAGUAGUUGUCAUGAUUGUCAAGUUUCGCCCCUUGGUAAAUGUUGUGGGCAUGAUUUGAAGUUAUACAGUAAAAGCUCCUUAUUAAAACUUACUAAAAUCCACCAAAAUCAGGUCAUUACUGAGAGGGGUCUUAAUAGGGAAGUUGACCAGCCUGCUUUCAUUCCAAGAACAAUGACUUCAAAUACCCAUAGAUUCAAGUUUAUUUAUCUAAAUGUUGGAAAAAAAACUCUUAAAGCCAUAUCAUAAUGUUUUUUCUUUUAGUUAGUUUUUUUUUUGUUGUUUUUUUUUAGGGGGAGUCAUUUUCAUUGCUUAUUUUGCAAUAGUUACACUU